AUGAGGAACCGUCGCCUCCGUAAGGACCCUGAGCUCGGCCGCACCUCCUCGGCAGCUACUCCGCCGGCGAAAAAGCCCUUCAAGAUACCAAUCCCCAACAUAUGGGCAGCCAUAGUCAUCAUCUUUGAAAAGGACGUGGGCCCUCUCAUGCUCUUCAUGUCCCUCUUUGUCAUGGCCAACUACGCCAUGCUCGUCCCUCUCCAAGACAUUGUACGGCGCCAAUACGGCUUCAACGACGUCCAGGUCGGCCUCUGCUUCAUCCCCUUCUCCGCGGGGGCCAUCGCCGGUUCAGCCGUCGUGGCGAAGCUCUUGAACUGGAACUACGCCCGCGUCGCCCGUAGCAUCGGUGUCUCCCCGACCGAAAGCGCGGAAACGACAUGA